CCCUAAGAAUGCAUCAUUAAGUGUCGAAAAGGAAACAAAGACCUUGGCUUUAUCAUACAUAUGAUCUCCACUCUCCAUGGACCAAACCAGAUCAAAAUCCCCAUCUGUGAAUGGCUGAUCCAAAGCAUUCCAACUUGGAAGAAUGGUAGAAGAAGUUGACCUGGUCAGCUAUAUCUUGAGCACCUCCAAGAGCAUCGACUCUUUGACAGUGCUCCCCUGUCACUUGUAUCCAUAUUCCUGGCUAAGUAGCCUACAU